GGAGGUGUGUCGCCGGGCGCGUUUAGAGGAGCCUCUCCGCGAGGGAAGUUGGGAUGAGCCGGACUCGUGUGUUGAGCAGCGAGCGAGCAGGUGGGGGAAAGGGUGCUCGGUCCCCCGCUUCGAGGGAAGGCGCGGCGGCGGCGGCUGGGCCAGCGGGCCGGAGCGUCUCUGCCUCUUCGCCUGGGGAGCGAGAGCGCGGCAGAGGCGGGGAAGCGCGCGGGGGGCUGUCCUCACGUGGCGCUGACGCUACUGCUCGGUACCGCCGGACCGAUCCCGGGGUAUAAAGCGAACCGGGCAGGCAGCGCUUGAGCAGGCGGCGCUGGCUCUUGGAGCGAGGAGAAAUCUGCCCGGCGCCAGCGGGUCCGGCGAGGAGUCCUCGGCGAGCCGCUCCUCCUUUUUCCCACGCGCCCCGGGGCUCGCUGAGCGCCAGUCUCCGGUCGGCUUGGCCGCGCUUGGAAGCGCAAGGCGCUCCCCCCCCCCCACCGCCCGCCGUGUCCUUUGGCCGCUCUCUGCCUCCCUCUUCCUUUCUCCAGCGCCAAGGUAAGAGGAGGAACUUUUGACUCCCUGCCCCGGCUGCCGUGAACGGCUUCUUCAGGAGCCCUCCCCUUCCAGGCUGGGGAAGAUGAGGAAGGAGGGAUCUGCUUCGCUCCACCGAUCUGCCGGGAGAUGAUCUAGUUGGGCAGGGGAGGGCAGAAUCGAUCCGCGCUUUGCUGACGGAACAAAGACCCGGAGGAGACCGCCGGAUCGGAGCCGACUCCCUUCCCUCUAUGUUGCUGCUCUUAUCUAGCGAUAUAGGAAACGGGAGGUGGUGUGGGGAGCUAUGGAAGCUGGAGGCAGCUCUUGCUACGGCUCAUUGGAUUAGGGCUUCUCUGCGCCUUCCACUCCCGGCAAGAAAGAUCAGACGGGCUAGAUCCACCAGACAGCUUCAUCGCUCCUCCUAGCUGGGCGUGUCUCGGGGUCAACAAACAACAGAGCUGGGGUUGAUGUUUAACCUGGAGAGCCCGUUCACUGAGAGAGGGGGGAUCCCUUCCCUGGCGCACCUGCACUCUCCGCCACUGGAAGGAAACAGCUACCCCCAGCACAUGGAUGGCAACGGGAGCAUGAAUGGGAGUGAUGGUGGACAGGGAGAGGGCCUUCCCUAUCCCUUAUCCACCACCUUGGCCCUCAUCUUCCUUGCAACGCUGCUUAUGCUCUUCACUAUCUUUGGUAACGUCUUGGUCAUCAUUGCCGUCUUCACCAGCCGGGGACUCAAGGCCCCACAGAACCUCUUUCUGGUCUCCUUGGCCUCCGCUGAUAUCCUGGUAGCCACACUGGUCAUCCCCUUCUCUCUGGCCAAUGAAGUGAUGAGCCAGUGGUAUUUUGGCAAGGUGUGGUGUGAGAUCUACCUGGCCUUGGAUGUACUGUUCUGCACCUCUUCCAUUGUACAUCUCUGCGCCAUCAGCCUAGAUCGCUACUGGUCCAUCACCCAGGCCAUUGAGUACAACCUCAAGCGUACGCCCCGCCGCAUCAAAAGCAUCAUCUUCCUUGUCUGGGUCAUCUCGGCGGUCAUCUCUUUCCCACCGCUCAUCUCUAUCAUGAAGCAGGGCGAGCCUGACAGUCCCCUUAAUGAACAAGCUGAAUCAAAACCAGAGAGCAAGUUGCCCAGCUGCAGCAUCAACAAGGAGACGUGGUACAUCAUAUCUUCCAGCAUUGGUUCGUUUUUCGCACCCUGCCUUAUCAUGAUCCUGGUCUAUGUCCGCAUCUACCAGAUUGCAAAACGGAGAACUCGUGUGCCUCCCAGCAAGAGAGGGGAGGCCAUCGAGAGGAGGCAGAAUGGUCUGGCCGACAAGGAGGGCAUGCCUGCUAUGACCAAGCUGAAUGGGGAGAAGACAGCAGUGGCUGGGGGAAGCCAGGAAAGGGAAGAAGUCAACGGCAUAGACUUGGAGGACACCUCCUCCUCGGAACACAAUGAGAAUCCUCCGUCCAGGAAGUCAGAGAGGCCGCAAAGAGGCAAAGGGAAAACCAAGCUAAGCCAGAUUAAACCUGGGGACAGUUUGCCCAGUCGAACCGAGGAGGAGAGGAAUGCCAAAGCUUCCCGAUGGAGAGGCAGGCAGAACCGAGAGAAGCGCUUCACCUUUGUGCUUGCAGUGGUGAUUGGGGUUUUUGUUGUCUGCUGGUUCCCUUUCUUCUUCACCUACACAUUGACGGCUGUUUGCAACAGCUGCCAUGUGCCUGAUACCCUCUUCAAGUUCUUCUUCUGGUUUGGUUAUUGCAACAGUUCCCUUAACCCUGUCAUCUACACUAUCUUCAACCAUGACUUCAGAAGGUCCUUUAAAAAGAUCCUCUGCAGAAUAGACCGAAAAAGGAUUGUGUGAGGAAGGGACCAUGGUUUUGCUUGCCGUUUUUCUUAGGUUCAGCUCUGGCUCGAUUUUGGAAGUGGCUGACCUGUUGAUCUGAUUACCAGGCUUUGAUUCUAAAGAGACUUCAAGUGAGAAGAAAAGAUUCAAACAUUAGUGCCCCUCCUCAGCCUAAGUGGGUUCGUGCCUAGUGAUGGAUUUAAAGACCUGUUUCCACUAAUAGGUUCACGGACUGCACAGCAAAUCGGGAACUGACCUUUUAAAGCAUAUUAUGCUGCCAAAGCUGCUUGUAGUUUGCUUAAGUCAUUGUGGUGGCUCAUGUUAAGACAGAACAAUGGUUUGGUUCAUUGUGCACCGACAGAUUGACAAGCUGAAGUCUUCAAAGCAGCUGCAAAAACAGAAAACCCUGAAUGUAUCAAUACAGAUGCAAAUAAAGAAAAAUGAGCAGCAGGCACUUAUACACCAUUGACUAGCACAAAGCAACAUGAGUCAGGAGUGCUGAAAUGGCUCAAUUGAAGUUCUGCAAACCUUGGGAUUCCCCCGAGCCUGCUCAUAUUUACUUCUUGUGUGUAGAGGGUGCCGUUCGAGUUCCAUCAAGAUCCACCCUCAGAGAAUGUGCUCGGCGGCCCCAAACCUCUGGAGCAAAUUUCUGGCGGAGGUCCGCCAUGCAUCUUCCUUGCACGCUUUUAAGAAGGCCUUAAAACAUUUUGUUUUACCUUGGCCUUUGCAUGAUGAGUAUUGUUAUUGCUAUUAUUGCUGCUAUUGUUCAUCCUCCUGUUUUAUUGUUGGUUUUAUUGUUUUAAUGGAUGUUGUAUUGCUUUUAAUAUUUUAAUACUUUAUUGCCUUUAA